AGAUCAGACUGAAGGGGGCAGAAGUAUUCCAUUACUCCGAUUGGUUUGCACAACUCCAUCAAGAAGAAGUUUAACCUGAUGACGGCCACGUCAGGGGACAUCACUUCCGGGAGAACACCCCAGCGUAAACUAUGGUCACACAGAUGUUUAACUAUUUCAGUACCAAGAGGACACAAAGAGUGUUUUGUGCGUGCUAAGGGAGAUGGGGCCAGACAGUGCCCCAGAUCCACCUGUGCCCUGGAGGAAAGUGCUGUGGGAGCGUCAGCCAUUUCCCGACAACUACGUAGACGGUCGGUUCCUUGAGGAGCUACGGAGGAACGAGGGUCUCCGACAAUACCAUUACUGGGCUGUGGUGAAGGAGGCUGGCUCUGUGGGGCAGCAAUUAUCCUGUGUGGCCAUUUUUAUCACAGUCUGGCUCUACAUGGAGCAGGGUUUGCUCUCUCCUGAGGUACUGUUGUUGACCAGUCUUGUCUGUGCCAUGCUGGGUUAUGGACUGCACCAAGUGUUGGCAUCUACUGUGGAUUCAGGUGAUGAACCUCGUACACGGCUGGCUGAUCUACAGAGUGCUGCCAUUUUUCUAUCAUUUACUUACGGCUUCUCGCCGGUUCUAAAGACACUGACCGAGUCUGUCAGUACAGACACUGUGUAUGCCAUGUCUGCUGUGAUGUUGCUGGCUCACCUAAUUUUCUUCCCAUACACCCAACCUUCACCCCCUGGUAGUUUGUCUUUAAAUGCAGCUCUGUUUGCCUCGGUGUGUUUGGCCUCCAGGUUGCCUGGGGCCUUACACACUUUUGCAAUGCUCAGCUGUGCCUUGCUGGUGUUUGCUCUAUGGCCAUGUCUCCUCCAGAGGCUGAGGGAGAAGGCCCCCAGCCAAUUCACUGGGGUCUGUGUGGGAAUGUGUAUAGGAGGAAUUGGAGGCUUAGGCUCCCAGUCGCUUGUAGGAGCUGUGCUUUUGGCCCUGGCCUUAGGAAACGUCACAUUUUUUUGUCCACUUCUUCUAAUCACACUACAAAGGCAAAAGGACAACAUUCAAGGACCCUGGGAUGAAGCUGAGAUACACGAGGACCUCAGCCACUUCAUUCAAUAAUGGAAAAGAUAUUUCUAGAUCGACUUUAAGUCAAAUAUUGUUACUGUUUUGUGUAAAAUUUAUGUUUGUUUUCUACCUCUUGAAUGGCAACCCUGUUUUCAUCUCUUAUUCUCUUGAAUAUAAUAAGUACAAUGAUGUUUAAUGCCCUGCCUUUUGUAUUUAGCUGAUAACAGCAAUGGUACACUGGCAGGAAUGGAAGAAAGACACAUGCAGAGAUCUUCAAAAGGUCUGAGUUUCUUGUAAUUUUUUAGCCACCUAGCAGAAGAGUGUUUAAUUGUUCUAUCUCUCACUGCCACAAUAAUGAAUGAAGACAAAUAAAUCAAGUAGUAGUUUCAGACCAAGUAAGUGAAAAUGUAUAUGGUACACCUGAUGAUCUUUACAGCUGACUAAUGUACUGUAACACAGUGAGUCUAACAUCACUGUAUUAGAGAAUGCUGACAUCUGUAAACACACUCCGAUAUUAAGCCUCCACUUCACUACUCAUAUUUAUUUGAGUCGUUUGCGGAUGAUAUGGUUGUGUACACUGUAGUACUGCUGUAGUGUUUAAAUGAAUGAGCGAUGUUUACCACAUUUAUUGUCAAGGGUUUUACUUUAUCUGUAUUGUAAUAUUAACACUGUUAAAGUUUUAUAGUAAUAAGCAUUUCUAAUUAUGUUUCAUCUGAUGAAUUAAACUGCAGCAAAAGCAAAUGUGUAUUACUGGUUUUUACU